AUUGUUACCUAAAAAAAAGCAGGAGUCUCGACUUUUACAAAAAUGUUAAAGUAUUUAAUUGAUCUCCCUUUUCUCUUUCUUUUUUUCUUCUUUCUCUCUUUUUUUUUAAAAAAAAAAAACUUAAAAGAAGAUAUGAAAACCAAGUUGAUAUUGUCAACUUUAUUACUAAGUUGGCUAUCAUUUACUGAAGCAUAUUUCUAUGUGCCAAAUUACAUGUCAACGCUGCCUUUUAGUGGUGGUAUGGCAUCCGCACAAAGAAAUAUGUCCCUUGUUAUGUUUGGCGGUGAAAAUGCAACAACGACAUAUACCAACAACCUCUAUCAACUAACUCAAACACAAGACUCAUUCGAUUGGCAAGUAAUGACUCAAAAUAACCCUCCACCUGGCACAAUAUACGGUCAAGCAGUCGUCUCAAAGGACUUGAAUUCCAUGUAUCUCCUGGGUGGCGUGUCAAAUGCAACAGCCAACCAACAAGUGCCCUUCCAAUACUACCAGUUUUCCUUUUCAAACAGUUCUUGGACUGCUGGACCAACAAACUCGAUCACAAACACAACCAACAUGCCCUUGAACAGAAAACUGUUUAGUGCAACCUAUGAUGGCUCCAACAAAAUCUAUAUUUACGGUGGGGCUUUGAAUGAAUCUGCCAUCUUUUAUGAUUUCUUCUCAUUUGAUAUCACUACAAAUCAGUUUACUUCAUUAACAGCACCCAAUAUUCCUCGCUACGCUCAUACGGGCUCUUAUCUCAGUAACGGCAAGAUCGUUUUCAUUGGUGGUGUAGCCCAAAUAAGCCAAAAUGGAACUACAACUAACACACUAGUUCCUAUUACUACUAUCUAUGUCUAUGACACUACAACAAAUCAAUGGGAAGUCAAGACUGCUACUGCUUCUGCAGGCGUUUUGCCUUCUACAAGAAGUGUACACAAUGCGGUUGUUACUUCCGAUAAUAAGAUUAUUGUGUUUGGAGGUGACAAUGGUGAACAACAAAGAAACAAAGCUUAUUUGAAUUCAAUCGGUAUUUUGGAUACAAAUACAUGGACAUGGAGCGUACCUACUGUCGGUGGUAUUCCCCCUUCCAGACGUUCUUAUGCUUCUGCUGCUCUCUUUGGAAGCAAUCUAGUGGUUGCUUUUGGCGAGGGUUACAACAUUUAUUACAACGAUAUUAACGUUCUUAACCUUGAAGCUUCCUCCUGGAUUCAAAGUUUUAAGCCCACUUCUACUUCUACUUCUUCUGGCUUGUCCGGUGGCAUAAUUGCUGGUGUAACCAUUGCUUGUGUUGCUCUUGUUGUCAUCAUCUUGUUCUUGCUCUGGAGAUUCCAAAGCUAUGCGCGAUGGCUUGUCAAGCGCAUUCAUCGUGAUAUAUGGAAGCCACGUACUGGUGAACCUCUUUGGGCUGAGACAACUCGUAUUGUGUUCCAAGUCUUUUUGCUUUUCAUCUUUUCUGUAUUUCUUGCGUUCGUCAUUCGCCAGGCUAUUGACAGUCCGAAUGUUACUCAAACUAUUGAGGAAUCAGUUGCAGAGGUCCAAGUGCCAGAUGUUCGUUUUUGCUUUGAUGGCUAUCCCCUCUAUCCUGCUACUGAUGCAAGAACACCGGGUGUUUCUUGUGUUACGGACACUGGCUACUCUUGUACUCAAUUCGUACAAACGCUGAACAUGUCUGUAUUCCAACCCACCUUUUCAGAUAACUUGGGUGCUGUGAACUGUUAUUUGUUUAGAGCGCCUGAAGACUUUGUUUUGACGUCUACUUCCGGUGCUAAUAACGGUUCUCGCUUGAUGUUCACUUUCUUUGGUGAUCAAAGUGUUAAUUAUGGUCGUAUCCACACUUCCAUCUAUCCUAAAUCCAUGGAUCCUAAUGCUGUCAUCUAUGGUAUCUCUGAUUCUGUUGCCAAUGUGAUGCCUGAAAACGAAAUUCUUAACUGGCAAACAACCGAUAGAAACGAUUUGCAAGCAACCAACGUCUACUCGAUUGAACCUUUCACUUACAGCGCUCUUUCUUAUGACUUGAUUGACCAUCAAUAUUUGCAAAGUGUCGGUUGGAACUAUGUUGGUUUCUUGCCCAUUACCAAUUCAACUCCUGAAAUCGAAACCAAUUUCCGUCAAGAAGCUCCUAAUCCCAACUAUAACAAGACACAUGCUGAUCUAGGUAUGCUUGCUGUCUUCCCUGACAGUUUCGUGACGACGAUCGAACGUGAAGUCAAGAUGUACACACUUGUGAACGCACUUGGUUUUGUGGGUGGUAUUUUUGGUUUGCUGGUAGCUAUUCAAGCAUGGCUCUUUGGUUACCGUCCUCAAUCACCUUGGGGCGUUGUUCAUCGAUGGUCUGUUGGCAACAUGAAGCGUUCCUUGCUUCGUGGCCUUCAUUCCAAAUUCAAGAUCACUGAGUCGGGUGUGCCUCUUGUCCAUCCUGUUCACCAUCGUUUCAGUGUGACUGAUCUCAACAAUCUGCACUACGAAGAUUCUGAAGCACAACGUAUUAACCGUGUUGAAGAACGUAUGCAAAUGCUAGAAAUGUUAUUCAAGGCAUACUAUGUCGAUGAUGAAGUCUUUAGAUCUUUAGACGAUGCUAAUCGUGCUGGUAAACUUAACAAUCUGGACAGUGCUCGAGGUGUUCCUUUGAAUGCAAACGACAGUGCUCGAUUUGGUUCUCCUCCUAGCUUUAGUCAAGUUGCAGGUGCUCCCAAGACAGAGAAAAUGAUGGAUGACAACUACAAUGAUAAAUCUACUUCUCCUUUUGUUCACCCUUUCACCAGACAAGAUACGGAUGCUAGUUCUGCUUCUCAUAUUCCAUUGACACAGCAACAACGUCAACAUGCUCCUCCAUAUCGGCCCAACACAACCGUUCAAAUGACAGAUGAUUAGAUCUCUAUUGUAUAUUUUUCUUUAUUUAUUUUUUUUCUUUCAAUAAAACUUUAUUGUUCUCUCA